UUCUUUAUACAUAUAUUUACAUUGCAUAUCCACUAUAUAUCUCUUCUCUAUGGCUAACGUCUUUUCCAUAGAAAAUCCUUUCUAAUCAUCAUAGAUAAGCUAACCAUUACUGAACUUUUGUUUAUUUAAUAAUUAAUUGUCAAUGUUAUCAAUGUAGGUUAUAAAUGAGCUCUUUCUUUCAUAAUUUCACUUUUUAUUCUAAAUCUACCCCGUGAAUUAAUAAGCGAAUUACGCAAUUGUUGUAAACUGUUAAAAUUGUUUCAUACCAAACAUAAUGGAUGAAACAAAAUCCAAUGUUCAACAAACUUUAGAAGACGAAGUUGUGCAAGACAUUUUUCGAACAGGGACUGAUUUACGCCAAUAUUCUCGACAAAUAGAAAAGGAAUUGAAGGAAGUUGAAAAUAAAUCUAUAAGAGAUUACAUUAAAGAAGGUCAAAAUAUUGCAAAUUUGCAUAACCAAAUCUCAGCAUGUGAUCAGAUAUUAGAAAGAAUGGAAAAUAUGCUGUUAGGGUUUCAAAACGAUCUAGGCAGUAUUAGUAGUGAGAUACUUUCUCUACAGCGUAAAUCAAUUUCCAUGAGUCAGGAAUUAACUAAUAGACAAGCAAUUAGAGGUCAGCUAAGCCAAUUUGUUGAUGAUAUGGUUGUAUCAGAAAACUUAAUAACAGGAAUAAUGGAGUCUGCCGUCACAGACAAAGAAUUUUUACAUAAUUUGCAAAUUUUAAAUCACAAAUUGAGUUUUGUUAAAGAACAAAGUUUUAAAGAAUCCAGAGCUUGCCUAGAUGUAAAAGAUAUCCUGGAAAAAUUAAAAAUCAAAGCAAUGUCAAAGAUCCGUGCAUAUUUACUUGAACAGGUUUAUAAAUUUAGGAAACCCAUGACAAACUAUCAAGUUCCACAAAACGUGAUGUUAAAAAAUAAAUUCUUUUAUGAAUUCAUUCUUUCAAAUGAACGAAAUGUAGCUCAAGAAAUUUACAAUGAAUAUGUGGAUACAAUGAGCAAAAUAUAUUUUUCAUAUUUUAAAUCAUAUUCUGGUAGAAUAAUGAAACUCAAAUUUGAAGAAGGUGCUACUAAAGAUGAUUUAAUGGGAAUUGAAGAUACUGCAAGAGGAAUUUUCCACAAGGCUACAUUAAAACAUAAAGCAACUGUAUUUUCAAUUGGUAAUAGGGGUGAUGUUCUUGCACAGCAAUUAGAGGCGCCUAUUAUAGUACCUCAUGCUCAGUUAAAAAACAGAUAUCCGUUUGAAGCUCUCUUUAGAAGUGAACAAUAUGCUCUGGUAGAUAAUGCUUGCAGAGAGUAUUUAUUUAUUGCCGAAUUCUUUAUGUUAAAGGGAACGCAAAUGCAAGCUCAAGAAAUGUUUAAUCAAAUUAUGGGUAAAACUUUAAGUCACCUUAUGAAAAAUUUGGAGUCGUUUGUAUCAGAAUGUUAUGAUAUGAUAGCUCUAUUUCUAUGCUUUCAUUUAAUUCUUCGAUACCAACUUAUGUGUCAUAAACGCUGCGUUCCUGCCCUAGACAAAUAUUGGGAAGAUUUACAAUCUAUUAUUCUACCUAGAUUUGAGUACGUUUUUCGCUUAAAUAUAACUAGCAUAAGGGAGUGCGACCCGACCAAAUUCAAUAAAGAAAUGGGACCACAUUAUAUAACUCGUCGAUACGCCGAAUUUAGCGGAGCUGUUGUGGGAAUAAAUGAAAAUUUUCCUAAUGAAUUAGUAACUCGCUUGUUAGCAGAAUUACAAGAAGAAGUUGACUUGUUUAUAGUACGAAUGGCAGGUAUUUUUAACGAAAGAAAAGAACAGCUCAUAUUUUUAAUAAAUAACUAUGAUAUGAUAUUGACUAUAAUUACGGAACGAACGCGGGAUAACUCUAAAGAAGCAGAAAAUUUCAGAACAAAACUCAAUGCUAAGAGUACAGAGUAUGUAGAGGAAAUUUUAAGUCCUCAUUUUGGCGAACUCAUGCAGUUUGUAAAAGAAUGCGAACAUUUGAUAGAAGAGGGGCAACAAGAGCAAAUAAAAAGUAACGAAAAAAAAGCAGUAGCAAUAGUGCAACAUUUCACAGCAAAUUGGAAAAAAUCCUUGGAAGAACUUAAUAGGGAAGUAAUGAUUUCUUUCCCGAAUCUCAUGACAGGAUCCAGGUUAUUACAGUUAGCAUUAACACAAUUAGUUCAAUAUUAUCAUCGGUUUCAUAAACUCCUAAAUCCAAAUACAAGGACUCAGCUUGUUAAUAUACACCAUAUUAUGGUUGAAAUGAAAAAGUAUAAAACAAUUUAUUAGAUUAUUAUUAUUAUUAUGUUUAAGAGAUAACUUUAAUGUUGUGCAAUUGUGAUAAAAUAAAUACAUUCCAAAUAUU